AUGGAGAGAGACUCCACCGGCACUGCAGAAAAAAGCGACCCUGCUUCAUCACCUGUGAGGAGGAUUAUUAAUGAAGACACCUGCUCAGAUAACUCCCACAGCUCCCGGGCAGAGACUCAUGUAGCCCGAGCCAGGUGGACUCUACUGAGACAGGUGUUGCGUCAGAAGCAGGUGGACACUCCUGAGGUCAAACAGGUGUCUGUCCGCAGGUUUGCCACGUUUGACCUUUUCAGCAGGAAAAGCCUUAUAAGACAAGACCGUAGUGAUACCUCAGAUGACCAGUGGGUGGAGUACAGAAGUGUCUACUUUCCUGAGCAUAGUGCCUUACUCAGGGAUAACCUGGGGCCUCUUAGAGUUAAUGAAGUGCUCAACAGUUUUGACAACACUGGUAAUGUCUGUGUGUGGCCAUCUGAAGAGGUGAUGGCUCAUUACUGUCUACAGAAAAGUCACAUGUUCAAGGGUGCUGUGUGUGAGUUAGGAGGAGGUAUGACUUGUCUUGCUGGGCUCAUGGUUGCCAUUUGUGCUGACGUGAAGGAAGUUCUGCUAUCAGAUGGGAACGAGAAGUCCAUUCAGAAUGUACGAGGGCUUAUUGAGAGAAACAGGCAAGCUGGAAAGUUUGGUUCAACGCAUGUAUCUACCAGGGUGGUGAGGUGGGACUGUGAGUCGGACAUUUCAGCACUCGAGGGUCACUUUGACAUUGUCAUGUGUGCAGACUGUUUGUUUCUCGACCAGUACAGAGCCAGCCUGGUUGAUGCUAUAAGGAGAUUACUGCACCCAAAUGGCAUGGCGUUGGUGUUUGCCCCACUGCGAGGUGAAACUCUGGGACUGUUUUGUCAACUGGCCCAGCAGGUUGGACUCUGCGUCUCUCAACACCAGCAGUAUGAUGCUCUGGUCUGGGAUGUACACUUGAAGAUGGUGAGAGAGGGAAAGGAAGCAUACGAUGAGAACAUCCACUAUCCUCUCCUCCUCACAUUGACCAAAGGACCUCAACCUGUCAGCCUCACUCAAUAA